GUGUACCACUUCUGGAAAAGACCCUGGGGAUCAGCAAUGGAAUCCUUUCUCUUGAUUGGCUGGUUAAAUAGAGGCCUGUUAGAUUCAGACAGGCUAGAUUGAUUAUACAGCAGCAGAAGGAGCUUAGACUCAGAGCUGAGAGAGCAAGAGAGGGAGAGAAUAUGUACUAUAGAAUCAGUAUGUGACUGCUGGUGCCUGAUAACACUGAUACCUAGCUCCCUCAGUGGACAACUUACUGAGCUGCCUUUUCCUUCACAAGAGGAUGUCAGCCCAAAGCCUGGGCAAGCGAUAGCAGACUGGACCUUGGAAUAGUUCAUUUUACCUAUCUCUUAACAAUCUUCAUCUCUGAAGAAGAGAUUCAUUACUGAAAACAAAAAUUUGCCCUCUCCCCACUAAACCCACACAGCACCGAUGAUCAACACAGUUUAAUCCUCCAGUGAAAAUUUGUGAGCCUUUCCCUCUGAUAUCCUCAUAUGAGAUGCUGAAGAUUGAAUAAUAAACCUUCAUUUCUGAGCUGUGGGCUACUCAUCAAAUAAAAGACGAGGGCAAUAUAUGCAAGAACUGACGAACAACAGAUGAGAACUUAAUUCUUUGGUGAAAUUAAGACACUGAUGUAUUUGAGGUAUAAAAUGGUUGGCUGCAGCAGUCUGUUGUGAAGACCUCGGAACAAAUACCAGAAAUUUCUCCACUCAGUACUUCAUGAUGUAAAUGCAGUGUGACCUUUCCCCAGUGGGCAGUUAAACCAUGGACAUACUAAAAAAAACAUUUUGGAUUGUUUUCCUAAGCCAGGCUUCACCUUCCUUCUUGGGGACCUAUUAAGGGAUUACAUUUGAAAACAACAAAAGAGAGAAGGAAACCUUCAACUGGAAAGUUAUCCUACAAUGAGAAUUAUGAGCACAUCUUGUAUCUGCCCAGUCCUAGUUUGUCUCUGUUUUGUGCAGCGGUGUUAUGGAGUAGCUCAUCAUGGCUCCAUUAAGGUGACCAGAAAUCAAACCAAACACAUAGAAGGUGAAACAGAAGUUCACCAUCGUCCCAAGCGUGGAUGGGUAUGGAACCAGUUCUUUGUUUUAGAAGAACACCUGGGACCAGAUCCCCAGUAUGUGGGAAAGUUACACUCUAAUUCUGAUAAAGGUGAUGGAUCAGUCAAGUACAUCCUUACUGGUGAAGGGGCUGGAACUAUAUUUAUUAUUGAUGACACUACAGGAGACAUCCAUUCAACUAAAAGCCUAGAUCGAGAACAGAAGACACAUUAUGUGCUGCAUGCUCAGGCUAUUGACAGACGGACGAAUAAGCCUCUUGAGCCUGAAUCUGAGUUCAUUAUCAAAGUACAGGACAUCAAUGACAAUGCACCAAAAUUUAGAGAUGGACCUUACAUUGUUACUGUGCCAGAGAUGUCUGAAAUGGGAACCUCAGUUCUACAAGUAACAGCUACAGAUGCAGAUGACCCUACCUAUGGAAACAGUGCCCGGGUGGUAUACAGUAUCCUUCAGAGACAGCCAUACUUUUCUGUUGACCCUAAAACAGCUUGGACAGCAUACUCUCCCUCCUUCAGCAUCUGCCUGCCUAGCUCAGAUCAGCAGGCUAAAGUGGACAAGGGAAGAAGACGUGUUCUGGAAGCUGAUGGACUGCAUGCACUCCCUUAUGGAGGAGAUGGAGGAGAGUGCCUGGGCCAGAUCACUGCACGCUAGGAGAGAAUAGCUGCCAGGGAGCAUCAGGCAAAGCAGCAGGAGAACACCUUUGCAUCCCUGACUGCAGUGAUAGAGCACCUGGCUUUAUGGCUGGAGAGGGCCUCCUCUCAGAACCCUGGAUGACACUGCCAGUUCCUUCUCCCCCAGCCCUGUUGCUUCCACCCUCAGAGUCCCCAGUGGCUGCUGGGGCCCAAGGACAUGGGGUGGGGGAAGAACUCAAAGGUAUCCACACCCUCCAGGUCCUUGAGAGGCAGAGAACAGUCUCAUUUUUGUUCCUGAGUGCCCCCUCUCCCUUUCCGGUAACUACUUUUUUCCUUUCCCUGCUUUUUUCCCCAAAUAAAAACUCUGGUUCUGGAGGGGAAUUAAAGGGGAAUGCAGGGGCAACUUGUGGAGAGCAAUGUGGAAGAGUCUUAAAAGAGGCCUUGCAUAAAACUGUCCCUUAAGGACUCUCUGAUUUGCACUGACCCUGGCUGUGCUUUCCUUAUCGUGCUGGUGUCCAGCUGCUCAAAGUCUCUGACCAGGCACUCUCCCUCAAUUUCCCACCCUGCUAGAUAAGUUUCCC